UUCCAAUUUUUGCAGGUCGCGCCGGCACGCCCAGCGGUGGCUAGCCCGGCGACGACGACGAGCCGGGUCCAUAUUUUGCCUCGCAAGCGCUGCCCCGAGCCCCGGCGCGCCGGUGAGCACCGUCCUACAACUCGUACUCCUCAGGGGGUCACGUGACAAGCUCGUCGGCUGCGCGCAGUACGCGAGGUCAAGGCAGCGAAACAUGGAGCAAUGCUGCGGGCGCGCCGCCGCCGCCACCCCGACAAACGCCGACCUCCACUCGGGCCGCUACAACGUGGCCCGGGCGGCGACGUGGAAGCUCUUUAAACGGUUGGGCCUGACCUGGCUCUGCUGCGGCAUUUGUGUAGGGUCCUACGCCGCGGCGCUCGCGAUCGCGCGCACGGGCGCCGACGAGCAGGACUGCUCGCACACCUGUAAGGCACCCUUCCGCACGGACAACGGGACCGUACUACUCGUGGGCGACUCGAUCACGGCGGGCUAUUUUCCGGACGUGGCCGGCAUUCUGGACGGCCGCGCGCCGGCGGCGUCGUGCUACGACGCGGGGCAUACCGGUGGAUUAUCAUCGAUCGCGGGCGUGAUUUUGGGGCGCUUCGGGAGCGGCGACGGCUGGUGCGGCACGAGUCAUGGUGUACUACAGUGCGUCGACGGCUACCUGAAUGAACUGAAUGCGAACCUGUCGGUGAUCCAUUUUAAUUGGGGUUUGCACGACAUCGACCCGCAUAUAUAUAGGACGCACAUAUCUCACUCCCAAUAUUAUGCGAAUAUGGAGAAGCUCUAUCUGACUUUCAAGCGGGCCGCACCAGCCGCUACGGUGGUUUUCCAGACCACCACGCCCGUACCGCCCUCCUACACGAGAGGCAGAGACAACAAGGACGUCAUAGCUAUCAACGACGUCGCAAAGACACUAUUCGGGCCCACGGGGAAGUAUACGGACGUUAUUAUCAACGACUUGUAUCAGCACAUCGUCGACGUGUGCCACAACGAUCCUGAGUCGACGUGCUACCCCGACAGUUGUGAUUGUCCCCACGUCCAAGACGACGGCGUCCACUUCUCGCCGGCGGGCCGCCGGUUUAAUGCGCUCAUGGUCGCUUCCACGAUUGCGCCCCUAUCAACGGGCCCGACUUUAUUGGCUGCGGGCCAGACGCCUCCCGAAAAACGCGACGUCGCCGAGUGGCGGCCGUGGGAGCUGGCUUUUUUCAUCCAGCUCGGGUUCCUCGGCGGGCUACUCGUGCUCGUCGGCGGGGCGGUCCUGCUGCGGCGGAAGUUUGCACACGUGCCGGCUUCCGAGGACGGCGGCGAGACCAAAGACCCCGCAUGACUCUUUCUGUGUGUCCCCUUUUCUUCCUGUUACUUCUCACGUGUCUAAUUCAACGC